CUUCAAUGUCUCAUUCGUCAUGGAACGCUUUUAAAUUUGUACAUUUCGUACAGAAAACAUCGGUGAAUGAUAAUUCUGCUUAAUAAAAAUUAAAUAAUAAUGCUAAAAAGUGUCAAGUGAUAUUGUGUGUAACUUCAAAAGAAAGCUAGAGAGGCGUACGUCAUAAUAUUGUUGUAAAAUUCAUAAAAAAUUAAGCAGAAAAUAGUAUUGUUGAAGAGAAAGAAAAUUGUUGGCCAUUUGUCAAAGUACGCCUUUCCUCUUGUGUGUGCCGUUUCGUUCGGGCUGUGUGGAGUGCUGCUGCUGUAUAAAGUGUGAGUGUUUGUUCACUGGUGUGCGUGUGUGAGCAAGGAAAAUUUUUUUCCAAGAUAGAAAAAAAAAGAAUAGUGAAAUAUGAUUAACUAUUAAAUUACAACUGAAAAAGUACCAACAAGAUAUUGUGGAAAUAAUUGACAAGAGUCGGAAGAAAAAAAAUCAAUCCAAAACGUGAGUGCGUGUGUUUUUGCAGUCAUACGAUACGAUUGUCAACGGCAGGCAGCAGGCAGGUGAAAGAAUCAACCAACCAACCAACAGCUGAAAGCUUGACAAAUCACUCCGAGGAGGAAUUGGGAGAGAGAAUCGCCAGAGUCUAAAAGAAAGUGCACGGCACAGACAUUGAAUUUGGAAUUCGUAAAGAAUUAUUAAACCAGUUAUUGCUGUUGUUUUGUGAUACGGUUGUUUGUUGUCUCUAUUGUUGUUGCUGUUGUUGAGAGUGUAUCUGUUGGGGGAAAAUGUCCAGCGAAGAAGAUAAACCACCGGCUCCACCAGUCCGUCUAACCAGCAAUCGUGGUGGCGAUCGGGUGGGAGGUUCCAUAACGGGUGGCGGUGAUGGACCACCAGUCGACAUGAGACCCCUGCCAAAAGAACCCGAUGAUCCUGAUCGCAAGAAAAAAACUUUAAAAAAUAAAAUCAAAGGCUCCAAGCCAUCACAUCAGGAUUCCAAGCCGAAUAUAUCGUAUCCCACAAAUUUCGAACACACAGUCCAUGUGGGUUUCGAUGCGGUUACAGGUGAAUUUACGGGUAUGCCGGAAGCCUGGGCACGUUUGCUUAUGAAUUCGAACAUAAGCAAACAGGAACAGAAGAAAAAUCCUCAAGCUGUAUUAGAUGUGCUCAAGUGGUUCGAUAAUACCACCAAACAGAGGCCAAGUUCCAAGUACAUGACAAAUGCCAUCACCACACAUUCGGGAUCCUCAUUGAGUCGAGUGAGCAGCAGCAGUCCCAGCAGUACACCCACAGACAGUGAAUUGCAUGGCUCAAACAGUGGAGGCAAUUUAAUUGGUGUCAAUAUUGGCAGUUUGAAUAUUGGCGGUUCCAAUUCCAGUGGCUUGAUAACGUCUGGCGGUUUAGUUGGCAAUCACCAUACACCUUCGCAUCAUCAUCUGGCACAGAUACCACAUCAGCCACCACAUCAUCUUCAACAACAUCAGUCACCACAAAAUGCCUCGUCGCACCAUCAUCAACAUCAUCAGCAACAGCAGUCCGCUGCCGGUCAACAUGCUACAAUUAGUCAAUCACAUUCAUACAACUUUGGUGGCAAUACAGCCUCAUCAUCAUCGCAGCAUUCGUCGGCGAACGAAGAUGACAUCUUGGGUACACCUCAGCCGCCACCACCUCCAAUUGCUUCACGUCCCGAACGUACGAAAUCCAUUUACACACGACCCAUAGAAGAUGUUGUACCACAAGCACCUGCUGUCACGCCCAUACUACCACCGCCCACAGCGGCACCUGCGACCACACCAACAACACCGCAACACAACAAUGUGGCCCAGCCACAAUUUAAAACGCCAACAUCCGUUGCCGCCUCAACAUUGGACAAGAACAAAAACAAUGCGAAUUUGUAUGCGAACGAUGCAAAUACAAACAAUCUAACAGCAGCAUCGGCUGUGGCAGCCACAGGCUCACCAGCCGCUGGCGGACAACCAGCGACGGGGGGUACCACCAACACAACAGGUGGUACGACCACAACAACCACCCAACAACGAUCUGGAGCUGCGAAAAAGAAGAAAAUGUCCGAUGAGGAAAUUCUCGAGAAGCUACGCACCAUCGUUUCCGUAGGCGACCCGAAUCGUAAGUACACGAAAAUGGAGAAAAUCGGCCAAGGUGCCUCGGGCACUGUCUACACCGCCAUCGAAUCUUCCACUGGCAUGGAAGUGGCCAUCAAACAGAUGAAUCUAUCGCAACAACCGAAAAAAGAACUGAUCAUCAAUGAAAUUCUGGUGAUGCGAGAAAACAAACAUCCCAACGUGGUCAAUUAUUUGGACAGUUAUUUGGUGUCGGAGGAGCUGUGGGUUGUCAUGGAAUAUCUGCCGGGUGGUUCGCUAACGGAUGUCGUAACCGAAACCUGCAUGGAUGAGGGACAAAUUGCUGCGGUGUGUCGUGAAGUUUUACAGGCACUUGAAUUUUUACACUCCAAUCAGGUUAUACAUCGUGACAUUAAGAGUGAUAACAUUCUGCUGGGCCUGGACGGUUCGGUGAAGCUGACCGAUUUCGGAUUUUGUGCACAAAUCUCACCCGAACAAUCGAAACGUACAACAAUGGUGGGUACACCGUAUUGGAUGGCGCCAGAAGUUGUGACACGAAAACAAUAUGGACCUAAGGUGGAUUUAUGGUCCCUUGGCAUUAUGGCCAUCGAGAUGGUAGAGGGUGAACCACCCUAUUUAAAUGAAAAUCCAUUGAAAGCCUUGUACCUCAUUGCUACAAAUGGCAAACCUGAAAUUAAGGAAAAAGAAAAGCUGUCGGCAGUAUUUCAAGAUUUUCUUGAUCAAUGUCUUGAGGUGGAGGUGGAUCGUCGUGCCAGUGCAAUGGAACUGCUUAAGCACCCAUUCUUAAAGUUGGCCCGUCCCUUGGCCAGUUUGACACCAUUGAUCAUGGCUGCCAAGGAGGCCACAAAGGGCAACUGAUUAAAGCAGCAACACUGAUUUCUGUUGAAACUUAUUUCUUAAAAAAGAAAAAAAAAGAAAAUAUAUAAUUAUAAAUUUGUUUUAAUUCAGUAUACAAAAUUCAUUCAUCAUUAUACCUUAUUAUUAUUAUUAUUAUGAUUAUGUAAAACAAAAGAACAAUAGACAGACAGAAUAAUAAUAAUAAUAUUAUUAUUAUUAAUGCUAACUAGGAGAAGAAGAAGUGAUCCCAUGGACAAAGUAAACAAUUACAAUGGGAAUACUUAAAAAAAAAUAAAACAAAACACUUAUAUAAAUAUUUAUAUAUACAUAGAUAUUAUUUGCGAAAAAAAAAUUAUGAAAAUGAAAAAUAGAAACGAAAACAAAACAAUACUACUUAUAUAGAUUUUCAAAAUAACAAAAGCAACACCCCAUAAGAAACAACAACAACAAAAACUCCCAAAAUGCAAGUACUUUAUAUGAGGAAAAAAAGAAAGAGUAAACAAAAACCAACUAAAACAUUUAUUAACUAUUAUUAAAUAUAGAAACAAAAAGAAAACACGAAGAGCUAAGAAAGAAACCGACGAGAAAUUUAAUGAAAAUAAUAACAUUUACUUUAAUUUAUAUUUAUAGUUAUUAUAUAUAUUAUAUAAAUAUUAAAACAAGAAGGAACUUAUUAAUAAUAAUAACAACAACAACUAAGCAAAAAGGCGUUAAACACCAUUGUAUUUAAAGUAAACAAAAAAAAAAAAAAAAAGAACAAGCAAAACAACUUUAUGAAAUCAUGUAAUUCUUAUUUCUAAACUAUUAUACUUAAAGUCAACCACAACUACCUAACCUAACAUUUCUUUUGUUUUUCUUUUAUUUAAGAUUAAACAAAACAAAAAUGUUUUUUUAGUAUUUUGUUUUUUUUUUUUCAGGGUUUCAUUUUAAAUUUUUAUUGUAAAAUAUUUAGAGGAAAUCUGGUCCAAUUCUUGUUCUAUGAAAUGUGAAAUGGAAACUUUUAUAAAGGAAAGAAAUAUUAAAUGAAAAAUUUUAUAAAGGAAAUAUUUUUCAUUCCAUAUUUUCAUAGAACAAGAAUCCAGCCCCUGGUCAUGGAAUGAAAAAGCUUUUCUAAAACCUUCUUGUUUAUACCCUACACCACAAGGUGGUCAGGGUAUUAUGUCUUUGGGCAUUUGUUUGUAACAGGCAAAAGGAAAGGAGAAAAACCCGCCCAUAGUUCCUUUUGAUGAUCUAAAUAGAAUCACAUUCUGAGUCGAGUCCGUCUGUCCAUGUAUUUUUUGUAAACAAAGUACAGGUCGCAUUUUUUACCCGAUUCAGAUGAAAUUUUGCACAAAUCAUUUGUUUGACCCAAGGGCGAACCCUAUGGAAAUUGGAGAAAAUCUGUCAAAAUUUAGCUAUAGCUCCCAUAUAUAUCUUUGUCCGAUUUUUCUUUUAUUGUGCACCAGACGUGUAAUUUUAGCCCAAAUGGGAUGAAAUUUGGCAUUUAUGGCCAAAUUGGUAUGUCAAAAUUAUAGUAUGUCAAAUUAUAUCGAAAUCGGUUCAGAUAUAGCUAUAGCUUCCAUAUAUAUUGUUCAUCCGAUUUGUUAUUUUGUCCUCCACAGCCAUAAUAUGCAUGUGGUAGUAACGAUAUUUGGGGAAAUAUAUCAAAUACAGCUCAGAAAUACCUUUGCCAAAUUUUAUCGAGAUCGGUUUAGAUUUGGAUAUAGCUCCCACAUAAAUCUUUGUCCGAUUUGCCUUUAAUUGUCCACCAAGGGUGUAAUAUCAACCCAAAUGGGAUGAAAUUUGACACUUAUGGCCAAAUUGAAUCUAGAAACAAGUAUGUCAAAUUUGUUGAAAAUCGGUUAAGAUAUAGCUAUGGCUCCCAUAUAUAUUGUUCUUCCGAUUUGUUAAAUUUGCCCUCCGCAGCCGUAAUAUCCACUCUGUAACAACGAUAUUUGGGUGAACUAUAGCAAAUACAGCUCAGAAAUACCUUCGCUAAUUUUUGUCGCGAUCGGUUCCGAUUUGGAUACAGAUCUUUUUGCCGAUUUCAAGUUAAUUGUGCACCAAAUAGGUAAUAUCAGCUUGAAAUGAAAAAGGCACCAAUGCCUCUGCAAAAUUAGUAGAAAUCGAUUCAAAAGGAGGAACAUCCUCCUUUCACAUGUUACUUCCUUUGGUUUUUAAAUUAUAACUAUAAUCAUAAUUGGUAUGAUUUACUUCUCCCAAAUUUCCAAUAAAAACUUUUAUUUGUUAUGUGAAGCUCUACUAAAUAUGCAAAGUGGUGUAGGGUAUCAAAAAGUCGACCCCACCCGAUUUUAAGACUUUCUUUAGUGGUUUUUCAUUAGGGUCUGGAUUUUUAAAUGAGAUAAUAAUAGUAGUUGUAGUCAGUACAAUUGGUGAAAUAUUUUGAAGAAAUAAAAAUAAAAUUUAUCAAAAUUUGAAUUUUUCCAACCUAAACAAGAAAAGAUGCUAAAUUCCAGCAGUUUUUCUUGAGCUCGAAAGAAAAACCCCAUUCCUUGUACGUUUUUUUUUAAUUUUUUAUUUUUAUUGUAUUUAAAGCAAUACCCACGAAAAUGGUGUUUUUUCUUUUGAAUCUACUUUCCUACAGAAACAGACCCUUAAAUUCAAGAAAAAUAAACCUAGCUCCAGCAUUGAGCAUAUCUUUUUAUGACCAUGAAACCUCGGUAUAUUUGCUCUAUGAAAUUUAAACUGUAUACCCCUUUAUACUAAGUUUCUAAACGAACUCUUUUUAAUUUCUUAUAUAUUUCUUUUAAUGUUUUACCAUCUUUGUUUUUUUUUUCUUCUCUUUGUUUAUUUUUUAUUUCUUUUUCAAAAUUUGUAAACAAAAUUAUGUGGCAUUUUAAAUGCCAACGUUUAUAUUUGUGUGUAGAACUUGUAAUUGAUGAUCGAUGACAAUUAUAUAUAUAUAUAUAUUUUUAUUAUUAUUAUUAUUAUCAUUAAUGUUUAGUUUAUUAUUUUAGUUUCUUAUCAUUAUGAUUAUUAUUAUUAUUAUUACUGUAACUAUUUGAGACUAAUUUUUAAUAAAGCAAAAAUUAAUUAAUCAUUAAUAACAAAAUAA